AUGCAGGACCACGUGUCGGCCUACAUGCACCGGAGCGGCGACCAGCAAGGGGCGCCGUCGUCCUGCGACCUCGCCGCCGUCGACGACGUCCCGGCCAACGGGCACAAGCCCGGCAAGGCCGUCACCGCCUCCGUCUACCGCGCCAAGAUCGCGGGCCACUCGCGGGUCGUCACCGUGUCCUGGUCCCGCGACCUCCUCUCGCACGCCUUCGCCGUCGCCAUCUCCGGGGCCGACGGCGCCUCCGCGGAGUGCAGGGUCGAGCUCCGGCCGUGGCAGUUCUGGCGGCGCGCCGGGUCGCGCCGCGUCGAGCUCUGCGGCGGCGCUUCCACGGCCCCGGCGACGGUGCGCGUGCUCUGGGACCUCCGCCGCGCGCGGUUCGGGGCCGGGAUCCCGGAGCCCCGGAGCGGGUACUACGUCGCCCUGGAGGCCGCCGGCGAGGUGGUCCUGGUCCAUGGCGACAUGCGGCGGGACGCGCUCCGGCGCGCGGCGUGCGCGGCCGCGGAGGCCGAGGCCGUCCCCGUGGCGCGGCGGGAGCACGUGUUCGGGCGGCGGCGGUUCGCGGCCAAGGCGCGGUUCCACGACCAGGGCGACGUGCACGACAUCGCCAUCGAGUGCGGCGGCGGCGGUGGCGGCGAGGGCGGGGACGCCGCCGACAUGGAGAUGAGCAUCGCCAUCGACGGCGAGGAGGCGGUGCAGGUGAAGCACCUGCAGUGGAAGUUCCGGGGCAACCAGUCGGUCACCUUCAGCCGGGCCAAGGUGGAGGUCUACUGGGACGUGCACGACUGGCUCUUCAGCGCCGGCACGCGGCCGGCGCUCUUCAUCUUCCGGCCGAUCGUGCUGUCCAGCGCGUCGGCGCCGGCGGCGGUGGCGGCGGGGAUGCUCGACGGGACGGUGGCCACCGCCGCCUUCUGCUUGUACCUCUACGCGUGGAAGCGCGACUGA